AUGAAGCAAGCUUUGUUCUUGGUCUCGGGCUUUGCCUGGCUGAACCUGGCCUCGGCCGCCUGCUGUCGCAGCAACAAGUGCUUGAAGGCCAUUGUCCUAAACGAACAUGGUAUCGAUGACUGCGCUUCGGUCCUUAUCGAGACUGUAAUCGUGACCGAGAUCGUUACCGUGUCUUCUACCCAGUAUGCCACCGUCCUUGGCACCGAGAUUGUCACCGAGAUCGAGUCAACCACCGCUGCCACCGAGACUGUCUUCUUCACCGAGAGCUCUUCCGUCACCAUCGGCACCGAGACAGUCUCUCAGCUUACAACUGAGACGACCAUUGCCAGCACUGAGACCGUCUUCCAGACCAUCACCGUCCCUGCUCCGACCGAGAAGAAGCGUGACAUCGAUACCUUGACGUUCGUGGAGCCCACCAGCUCGGCCCCGGUCGAGCCUGCUCCCGUUCAGUCUUCUCCGGCGCUCCCCGAGUAUGCCUUGGACUGCCCAUCCUUCGACAAGUACAAGUCGGCCUGCAAGUGCGUCGGUGCUGAGGUCGUAACCAUCACCGUUCCCGUUCCCGUUUCGACUGUUACUGUCGAGGAGACCACUACCGUCUUUGCCUCUGUCGCUGCCACCGUUACCACCACGGAAACUGAGUUGGUCUCAGUGACGGCCACAGCCUCGGCUACCACGACUGUGCUUGUGAAGGAUGUUGAGACGGUCACCGCCACUCAGACUGAUAUCGUCUUUCUCACUGCCACUGUCACCGCGAUCGAGACCGCGACCGCCGCCCCCGAGCCUGUGCAACCCGUGUGUCUAACCAACACCGACGCCUUCCGUGCAAUGACCACCUUCAAUGGCAACACCAUCUACAUGUACGCCAACUUGCUGAACGGCAUAAGCGGUAACCUGAACUGGCUAUUUGGCAGCACCAGCACCUCCGCGUCCGUUCAGCCCCGGUACAACUUGGCUCUUGAUAGCGAAGGCUCUCUGUACUUUCACGACAGAGUUGUUCCCUAUACCUACACAUACUACGUCUAUAUCGGGACAUUAAAUUCGGGCAGCAGUUGGCUCCAAAUCAACGACAAGCAAGCUGUUGAGGGUCAAAUUGCGGCGGGUGCCAAGGUCAGCAAGAUCAAGGGAUGCGUGAAUUCCGUCACUGGUGAGCUCACGCUCCAAGAUUCUCUCGGAAGAAAGAACAUUCUUAUUUGCGGCGGACAGGUCUGGUUGUCUGCCGGCCUGGGUGAAGAUAUCAACCGUGGGACCUGCUACCAGCAGUUCCCCCAUGUCGUCGCGCCAUACGGGGCCUAGUUCAGGAAACUGCACAUUCGGGAUGUGGGGUGCAGUGGCGGACGUUUGGCCAUUUAUCUAGAACAGUCUCAAGCCUUCAGAUAGAGUAUAAUCACUUAAUGUUACUGUAGACGUCUGACGUCCUUCAUUCACUUGAGCACUUGGUUCGGUUUUAAUGUUGAGAAAACCUCAGCGCACUCCAAGGUUAGCCUACACGGACUCUAAGACCC